CUGCCCACUCCACUCAUCUCAUCUCAUCAUUAACAACACCGAGCAGCUCAUAUGGAGCUGGUUUAAGCUUCUGUCCUCUUUCCUUACGUGAAUGAUGUGUUGAUUUAUGCAAGAUCUCUCCCAGUACACCUGUUUGGAAUAUUACUGCCGUUCACUCUUCAAUUUUUUUUUUUUUUUUUUUUUUUUUUUUUUUUUUUGCGGUUCUGUUGACACUCUCUCUCUCUCAUACUCACUCACUCACUCACACACACACACACACUCACACUCACUCACUCACUCUGUGAGCAAUGGCGACUCCCAGUCCUAGCACUAACUCCCCAACUUCAUGCAAUAGCAUGAGCGCGGCAGGAUCCCCGCUGCAGCAUCACCAAAUGCAGACUCAGCACCUAUCCUCCAUGAGCAGUAUGCAGGAGUCCAACACUUGCUGGAGGUGUCAGAAUGAAACAGGGUUUCAGAUAAAUCUGUCUGGUGCUCCUCAAAGUAAACGUAAAGCACUGAAGCUAAAUUUUGCUAAUCCUCCGAUUAAACCGAAUGCAAGACUCCCCAUCGCAUCAGCCAAUCCUUCUUUCCAUAACCCACACAUAGAGAGACUGCGCAAUCACAGUAUCGAGUCAUGUGGAAAGCUGAAGAUUUCUCCUGAGCAGCACUGGGACUUCACUGCCGAAGACCUGAAGGACCUGGGCGAGAUCGGCCGAGGAGCCUACGGCUCGGUCAACAAAAUGGUUCAUAAGCCCAGUGGUCAGAUCAUGGCUGUUAAGAGGAUUCGUUCCACUGUUGAUGAAAAAGAGCAGAAGCAGCUGCUCAUGGAUUUAGACGUAGUUAUGAGGAGUAGCGACUGUCCCUAUAUCGUCCAAUUUUAUGGGGCUCUGUUCCGAGAGGGUGACUGCUGGAUAUGUAUGGAACUUAUGUCUACCUCGUUCGACAAAUUCUACAAAUAUGUAUAUUGCUCAUUAGAUGAUGUCAUUCCAGAGGAAAUAUUAGGCAAAAUUACAUUAGCGACUGUGAAAGCAUUGAAUCACUUGAAAGAAAACUUGAAAAUAAUCCACAGAGACAUCAAACCCUCCAACAUUCUCCUGGAUAGAAAUGGCAACAUAAAGCUGUGCGACUUUGGGAUCAGUGGACAGCUGGUGGACUCUAUAGCCAAGACUAGAGAUGCUGGAUGCAGACCUUACAUGGCUCCCGAGAGGAUAGACCCCAGUGCUUCUAGGCAAGGCUAUGACGUGCGCUCGGACGUUUGGAGUUUGGGAAUUACGCUGUAUGAGCUGGCCACCGGCCGCUUCCCAUACCCCAAGUGGAACAGUGUGUUCGAUCAGUUGACACAGGUGGUAAAGGGAGAUCCUCCUCAACUAAGCAACUCGGAGGAGAGACAGUUUUCUCCCAAAUUUAUCAACUUUGUCAAUCUCUGCCUUACAAAGGACGAGUCGAAAAGGCCAAAGUACAGAGAGCUUCUGAAACACCCGUUCAUUCUGAUGUACGAGGAGCGAGUGGUGGAAGUUGCCGGUUACGUGUGUAAAAUCCUGGAUGAAAUCCCUGCCUCCCCCAGCUCUCCCAUGUACGUCGACUGAUUGCGUGUACGUCACCCCGAAUGCAGCGCGACGUAACACGGCAGCCGUUUGGCGCACCGCAUUGUCCCGUUUCUCGGUUCCACACUGCUUUUAAGGAUCGACACUCCCAAAACAUUGUGUGCAAUAUGGAUCGGCUUUUCAUCUUCAAAACCGUUAGUGUAUUGGUCUAUAAAACACGCUUAGAACAAUAAGAAGAAUAAGAACAAUAAUCCUUUGAUUUGAGGUGCGAUAUUUAUUUUUAAUGCCACAUUUAAUGUAAAUGGUUCGCUGAGUGCAUUCUAGAAAAUUAGAACCAGACUUGAACUCCUUCAUUCAAGACACACGUCAUGUUCACGGGAACGUAAAUAUCUACUUGAAAGUGACACGAACAACAGGAACAAGAAAUCGCCGAAGCAACAGGUCACGUCGCUAUCCGAAUAGAAAGGAAACGCCUACCGUGUCGUGUACCGUCUAACAUUUCUAUGAUAGGAUGUGUCAUUUAGAGCAAUAUCUGUAGGUGUAAAGCACAGCUUAAUCGUGGUCUCACUUUCCGGAAGAGUACGCAGAAGUAUCGUCGUCCGUGAAAGAAUCCGUUACAAAUGGUCGGAUCAUUUCGUCUAGACGUUUCGCUCCACACACGGGGGGGGUCUUUUGUGAAAUUCCAACAUUUCAUCGGUGACGCAUCUGUGACGCGUGAACGUCGUGGAAAAGACACAGACGACACUUAGAUGCAGUCUGGUACCAUUUGACAGAUCAGUUAGUAGGUUGAAAGAUUAAAACAAAAAAAAAGUCAUCUUUAAAGUAGUUUUGUAUAAAUAUGCAGCUUUAACUCACCAAAUUGUAUUGAAUGAUUUUUUUUUUUUUUAAAAACCUUCCCAGUGGUAUAGUGUACACUCUUGCAGACACGCCUAUCUUACUGUAAAUGUAAAAGUUACAGUACACGUCCCAAAAUUCCUAAUAUGCUACUUUAUAUUUUGCCACUUUUUCCUGAAGAUGGCUCUGACAUCUUUGCUUGUAUAUGCAUUCUGAAAGAUGUUUGAAUAUCACUGUUAAGGUUGCUCACUUUUAAAGAAAUGUACAACACUUUGCCAAAGCCGUCUUUUACUAACUGAUGUAAUAGGACAUCUGAAAUAUGACACUAUACAGCAUUGAGAGACUUGGUGGAAAGGUGUGUGUGUGUGUGUGUGUGUGUGUGUGUGUAAAAUAGAGAUCAUCUGCCACACUUAAGAUGUAUCACUGACCUAAGAAUGCUUAACUCUACAUCCUUUUUUUUUUUUUUUUUUUUUUUAUAUAAAUAGGUGUACCUUAAUAAAGAAAAUCCCAGUUUUGAAAACAAUCUUUCAACUGUACAAAAUGGCACCGUAGUAGAAUAUUUAAUAUUAGAAGGGAAAAUUAUGGAUUUUAUGUAACGUUAUAUUGUAUCGGUAUAAAGAGUGGGAAAUAUCUUCAAGAAUUGUUCACACUGUGAAAAGAUUUUAAGUGUAUACAUUGUGAACAGCAAUCUGUAAAAAAUAAUAAUAAUAAUUAAAAAAAAUUGUAAUUAGAGGAUAUGCAGGGAUAUUGCCUUAUGUCUGCUUUUGGAGAUAUUAACCUCUGACGGUCUGAGCUAUUUGUCUUCUUCACUUCACAUAUUUAAAGGAUAUUGAUGAAAUCGUAGUGUUCUUGUAGUAAUGAUGAGCGAUAAGUAUCUGCCUGCAGGUCAGUUGUGAUAAGGCUAGGAUGUGAUUGUGACCUUAUCGAACUUUUUUUUUUUUUUCUGUAAGGUCUGGAAACAAAUGGACUGAAUGCUAGAAUAAAUCCUAUGAAUUAGC